GGAUAAGCACGACGUCACAGACGAACAGCAGAAAAGUACAGAAGAAAGUAAUGAAACUGAAUCUAAAACGAAUAAAAGCGAAGAAAACGUUGAAGACGUUGUAAAUACUAGCAACUCAGCAGCUGACAGUAACAAGGAGUACUCUCAGUCGACACCCCCUAAUGAGAUACUCACACAGCCAGGUACAACAUCGGCCUUUUUGACGCCGCCUAAUAGCUGGAGAGGUGAUGUCAAUAUGAGAAUGGGUACACAGUCUUUGAUCCAGGUUAUACAGGCCUUUGCACACCAUGCAGACGAUGACAGCAAUGACGACGAUGAGGAUGCACAGGAGGAUACACAGGAUCAUCGGGUAUUUGAUAUGUAUUCCUCUUUGAAUACAGUACACAAUAAACCUCAGACACAUUUACAUGAAUCAAUGUCGACAUCAAUGUCAGGAACCCCUCAUGAAUCUCAGGAUGAGGACGAAGAAGCGGGAUCAGAUAGGUCGGCACAUUCUGAUGAUUCCGAGCUCACAAGGAUGAGGUCACAAUCUUUAAAGAAGAAAUCAACCCAAAGACGCAGGAAUCUCUCUAAGAAGCUUUCAGAGAUUUUCGAUUUAGACAGCCAGGAAGAUAUCAAAGCCGAAUAUAGGUGCUCACUUUUAGGAUCCAGUUAUCGACCCCUCCUUGAGGGUUUCUUAUACUCGACCAACUCAUUCCUCUGUUUCUUUGCUCACGUACCAACCCUUGAGCGCAACAAUGUCGUCAAGACAGGGCCGAUUGGUAAGCGCACUUUAAGGACGCGUAGAGUUAUUAGAUACUGGCUUGCACUCAAAGAUGACGUCCUGAGUUGGUUCGGUAGUGCUAUAGAUCCAUACUUUCCUGUGGGAAAUGUAGCACUCAGAUAUGCCAUACGAUGCGUAACCGUCAAGAAUUCCGAUAGAGAAUUCACGAUUUUCACCUCAGAGCGCAAGUUCACUUUCUUAGCCGAUUCGAAAACUGGCAGAAAUGAAUGGGUUAAAGUAAUCAGAAAGGGUAUGUUUAGAUCUCAAAAUGAAUCUGGCUCUUUCAAGCUUGUGAUUCCAUAUGAUCAUGUGAUCAACGUAGAGAGGUCAUCAAAUCUCGAGUUUGCUGAUAGUAUAUCUGUUAGCUUUAUCAACAAUGAGGAUGGAGCUGAUUACUACUACUUUGAUCAUUUUAGAGAUAGUCAGUCAGCGUGUAACACUUUAAGUGAGAUUCUAGAAACACAUAGACAUGAUGUACAUCGGAUACUGUCAAAUGAAAAUCUCGUUAUGUCUCCUACGAAAAUGAAAGAUGAAUUCAUCGAUGGAUCUGAAGUCACAGCUCGUCCAUCAUCGAGUGGUCACAUUGGAAAUCACACGUAUCCACCAAGCAACACAAAAAAUAGUCGCAGCAGAAGUUCAUCUCUCACGGCCGAGAUACCCUCAUGGAUCAAAUCAGGUAGUAUCAAAUUAGGUAAAGUUGUUUAUAGUGCACCAAGGAUGAUUCCACAUCCGCACUUAUCUACAAUAUUACCAAAAUUGCCUUCUAUACCCUUCUUAAAUAACAACAAUAGCAAUCAAGGACGUCAGCAACCUUUACCAAAUCCUGCACUUACGAAUCAAUUAAUGAGAACAAAUAGUAGAGUUUAUGAACAUUAUGAAGAACCUACGAAUAGUAGAAGUAAUGACAAUAACAGAUCUAGAAGUAAUUCAGGUGUAGCGGAAUCUGAUGAUGAAUUUGAAGAAGUUGGGAGUGACUUUUCUGUUCUGGAGCACAGUGCUGGUAUGGAGGAUAUACUUAAAGUUGAAGAGGAGGUGCAACGCAAGUUUAAUGACUAUUUUGCUCUACCAGGCGAGAAGAUAUUAGGGCAUUUUAAUUGUGCUCUGUUUAGAGUCUAUCCUACACCAGGAAAAGUAUAUAUCACAAACAACUAUUUAUGCUUUAGGUCGUUUCAGAUCUGGUCAAGAACAAAGAUGAUAUUACCUCUGAAUGAUCUACAAGCUGUACAGCCUCAUAAACCACUUCGAUUCUCAUUCCAUGGUCUCAUAAUGAUCAUUCACCGUCAUGAAGAACUUUUUCUAGAAUUCACCACGUCGAAUCGUCGUGAUGCUUGCGAGAAGUUGCUAAACACACAACUUGACAAAAUCUUUAGGAGCGCUUCCAUACAACAAACACAGUCAUCGAAAGGAUUACAAGAGGCUCAGAUUAUCGAAGAUUUGUCGCUAUCAUACAGACAUCCUUCAUUAACGGCUCCAGUGCUUGGUGAAGAAGGCGUCUCACCUUCAACGUCAGUUGUUUCGUUUAAGCCAAAAAAUCCAUUACGUAUUACUUGCUUAACGAUAGGCAGCAGAGGUGAUGUUCAACCUUACAUUGCGUUGUGCAAAGGGUUAAUUAAAGAAGGUCAUCAUUGUAGAAUAGCAACCCAUCUCGAAUACAAAGAUUGGAUAGAAAAUUACGGAAUAGAGCAUCGUGAAGUUGGAGGAGAUCCAGCUGAACUUAUGCAAAUAUGCGUCGAGCACGGCACUUUCACGCUUUCCUUCUUACGAGAAGGCUUGUUUAAGUUUAGAAGCUGGUUAGAUGAUUUACUUAAAUGUUCUUGGGAAGCUUGUCAAGGAAGUGAUUUAUUGAUUGAGUCACCAUCAGCAAUGGCGGGUAUACACAUAGCAGAAGCUCUUCAAAUACCUUACUUCCGAGCAUUCACUAUGACAUGGACAAGAACUAGGGCUUAUCCACAUGCGUUCGCUGUGCCAGAAAGUAGAAUGGGGGGCUCAUACAAUUGGAUGACCUAUACACUUUUCGAUCAGGUAUUCUGGAGAGCGAUCUCUGGUCAAGUUAACAGGUGGAGAAGGUCCACUUUGGGUCUGACGGGGACGAAUUUGCAGAGAUUGGCACAACAUAAAGUACCAUUCUUGUAUUGCAUUUCACCUACUUUGGUACCAAAACCUCUCGAUUGGAAUGAAUGGAUACAUGUCACUGGUUAUUGGUUCCUAGACUCGAUUACGCCUGAAAACAGCGAAAACAGCGUAAACGACAACAAUGGCAAGUGGGACGCACCAGCUGGUCUGUUGGAGUUUAUAGCGCAGGGCAGGAGUCUAAAUAAGAAGAUAGUAUACAUUGGUUUUGGAUCUAUAGUCGUCAGCGACCCUGAUGAGAUGACUAAAUGCGUAGUUGAAGCAAUAUCCCAAGCAGAUGUUUAUGCUGUGCUUUCCAAAGGAUGGUCAGAUAGGAUGCACACUGGUAAAAAGGAGGAGAAGCUACUCUUCCCACCUUCAAUAUUCUCUAUUGAUACUAUUGACCAUGCGAAGCUAUUCCCAAUGAUUGAUGCAGCUGUUCAUCAUGGCGGUAGUGGUACUACAGGAGCAAGUUUACGAGCAGGGUUACCAACGGUUAUAAAGCCCUUCUUUGGUGAUCAAUUCUUCAACGCUGAUAGAGUUGAGGCCACUGGAGUGGGUUCUAGCGUUCGAAAACUCACUGUAGAGACACUAUCAAAGGCUUUGAAGACUGCAACGACUGAUGAGAAGCAGAUAGCCAACGCCAAAACCGUGGGAGAAAAGAUUAGAAAUGAAAAUGGUGUCGCCAACGCGAUCGAAUGCUUAUACCGUUAUAUGGACUAUGCCUCUACAGUUAUUACGACAAGAGCACACGAAAACCUUCAACAUGAUGACGGUAUAGAUGCGCAGGAUAUCGAAGAUGACGACGAUUGGUCACUUCCUUCUGAAACAUUCUCCGAGGACGAAGCACAACGCUCAAUGGGUGUACUCUCACUAGCAACGAACAUCGGUAAACGUAGUUUAGGAGUUGGCAAGGACCUAAUCACUAAGAAACUUUGAAUUAUUUGAUUUUAAAUUUUACUGUACUUAUAUUUUUUCGAUUUGUUGUCUCUCCU